AUGAGGGGGGAGGAGGCGGUGACCGCGGUGGCGAUGCCCGAGGCGGGCCGCGACGGCGAGCAGUCUCGGCCGCCCGCAGGCCUGGGGUGCGGGGCGCGCGGGGAGACCGGAGGCCGCGGCCCCCAAGAGUCCCGGAAGCAGUGGAAGAAAUUUUUAUAUUGUGAGCCACAUAAGAGAAUUAAGGAAGUACUGGAAGAAGAACUUUACAUUAAGAGAGAUGAAAGCCACAUUAAACAUCCACCUGCAGUGGCCCUGGAAGGGAUUUGGAGCAUUAGAAGGAAUCUCCCUGUGGGAGGCUUGAAGCCAGGACUGCUGAGCAGAAACAGUUUACUGCCACAAGCCAAGUACUAUUCGAGGCACGGAGGGCUACAAACCAGCAUCUGCCAGCGAUAUUUGUGGCAGGAUGUGGAGAAGGCAGGGGUUCUGGCAUGGAAGCACAAGCAGUGUCCAGAUAGUGUGCGGACAUACGAUUGGGUCUAUAAGUCCUGA